CCGCAGGCGACGAUGCUCCGGCGGCGGCGAUAAGCUCCGGCCAAGAUUCGGCGACAGUUUCGCGUUGGACGGGAGAGGAGGGGGAAGCUUCUCCGCGGUGAAGUCAAUAUAGAUCGAGAAUCUGAACGAGAAGAAGCGAACUGAAGCGGCGGAGAGGAAUGGGGACUAAGCGGGGAUCGGGGAGAUUCGCUCGGUGACGGAAGGCUUGUCGUCGGAUGCACUCUUCCUCUUUAGCCCCAGAAACGAAACUGCGGUCUGCUGUCUCUUCUCCAGCGCCCCCCCCGGUACAGCUCUCGGCCAUUUCUUUUUGUUUUUCCUUGGCUUAUGCAGAUUGCGCUGCGAAUUCUUGCUGUUUGACUUGGGGUUUAUGAGUGGAUCAUUCUCUCUAUUUGCCGAAACUGAUACGUGUCCGAUGAUAAUUGCGAUGCUGCUUUGUGUUCUUGGGUGGGUUACAGAUUACUGAAACCGAUUGGCGAGAAAUUCCUGUCCUUUCAUCUAGUCGCAGGUUCUUUGUUUUUCUCUUCUUUUAAUUAUUCAGAAAUCUGGUCCGUAAACUUGGCUGAGAUGUCCCUCGGAGAUUGGUUUCCUGAUUCUUAUCAACCCGUUGGCAAUUCAGUAUGUAUUGCGAUGCACCCAAGAUCUGUGAAGUCGUUACCCUGUUGAUGUUCAUCCUAAAUGUUGUGUCACUGUUAGCUACAAGAACGGUGAAGAUGAAGAUGAGCUCUGCUCGUUAGAAGUAGUUUAGUGUUUAGGGAUCCGGGGGAGCAACAGUGCUGUGGCCGUCUCUUGGAAUAUCAUCCAUUUCGAAGAGAAUUGCGCUGCAGCACUAUCGCCAUCGAUUUGCAUGUUUAUGGUUAACUCUACAUGGAGUUUAUCUAUCUCUUUUAACAAAUUCUCAAGUAGAAGUCGAAUAAUCUCUGUUAAAUGCCGUGAGACAUUGUUUUUUGUAGUUUAGGAUCACUUGUGCCUCUUGUUUCUAGCAUAAACAAACGCCCGAGAGAAAGCGAGGUAUUUGUUGCUUAAGUGGGUCAAAGCCCUAAUAGUUUGAACUAUGAGCAGGAAGCACUUCCCUGAGAAGACCCAUCUAAGCAUCGAUUCGCAGAUGGCAUUGGUUGUGAUCUGCGGGCAGCCAUGCAGCGGGAAGUCGACAGCUGCGCUUUGCCUUGCUGAAGCCCUCAAGGAGUCAGAAGCGAAACCCAUUGUUAGGAUAAUUGAUGAAGGGUCCUUCCACCUCGAUCGCAAUCAGAGCUAUGCCGAUAUGCCUGCCGAGAAGAAUUUAAGAGGAGUCCUCCGGUCUGAAGUGGACAGGUCAUUGUCGAAGGAAGACAUCGUCAUAGUCGAUUCUUUGAACAAUAUCAAGGGCUACAGGUAUGAGCUCUGGUGCUUGGCUCGCGCUGCCGGUAUAAGGUACUGCAUUCUGUUCUGCGAUGCGGAGGAAACAUGUUGUCGAAGGUGGAACGAGGAGCGCAGGGAAAAGGGAGAAGCUGCAUAUGAUGAUAAGAUUUUUGAGGAUCUGGCAAGAAGAUUCGAGAGGCCAGACAGAAGAAACCGUUGGGAUUCUCCUUUGUUUGAACUAUGGCCGCAUAAAGAGGGAGUGACUAAUUCUUCUGCUGCCAUCGCAGAGGCUAUUUCAUACUUGACGAAAAAGGUGGACUCGAAAUCCCGAGACGUCAAGGUUUUGCAGCCGACUAUUGCCACGCAGAAUGCGCGGUUUUCGGAAGCAAAUUCGCUUUACGAGCUGGACAGGGCGACGCAGGAGGUGAUCAGCGCAAUCGUGGAAGCACAAGCCCUGGCCCUGGGAGGGCCUUCAAAUGGGAUCUCUGUUGGUGUAGGAUUGCCGACUAUUACCAUUUCAAGAUCCGUUGGGCUGCCGGAACUACGGAGGCUCCGACGAACUUUCAUUAAGUUGACGGGGCAAACGAGUUUAAGCGGGCGACCGCCGCCUUCCGAUGCAGAGAGCACCAAGCGGAUGUUUGUAGAUUAUUUGAACCGGGAACUAGGUGCUGCUUGAACCCGAACAGUCCGAUACGAGCAAAUUUCACAAUUUUGUUUCUUCUGGAGUUGUUUUUCAAGUAAUCUUCUAGGUUGGUAACUUGUUAAUGGCUGUGCUCUAAUGAGUAACUAUUUGCUGAGAAUGUAUACUUGGAUGUCUUGUUUUGGCAUUGGAUGAAGCAAAAUGUGAGUUUGUGCACGAA